GCCACAGAGCUGAGCUCUCAGAAAUAAGCCACAUCCUUUCAUGCAAUGGAGGAAAUUUAUGUCAAACCUGCCAACAAGACUUUUAUUAAAAAACACACAGGUCAAAGGAGCUGCAAGGGAAGCAUUUAUUUAGUUGUUAUUCUGUUGUUGGGGCUGCUGGCUGGAUUUCUCACUCGUGCUUUCUACUACAAAAACUCCUUACAAGAUUCAGCUCAAUAUCUCUCAAUGAGUAACAAACUUUCCUCAAUAACUGAGGAGAGAGACCUGCUGAAGGCCAACAUCACUGAUAUGACCAAAGAGCUGGAGAGACUGCAGGGUUUGUUCAACCAGAAGAAAACAUGUCCUGCGGGAUGGAGCAUGUUCAGAUGUAGCUGCUAUCUCCUCUCUGAAAGAUCUGACUCCUGGCAUUCAGCUAGAAAACACUGCACAGACCAAGGAGCAGAUUUGGUGGUGAUAGACAGCCCUGAAGAACAGGACUUCGUCACUUCAUUCACCCAGAAAGAGACUUGGAUUGGUUUAAAUGACAUAGAACAAGAGGGAACGUGGAAAUGGGUAGAUGGAUCGCCUCUGACUCUGCAAUACUGGGCAUCUCAUCAGCCUGACGACCUGUUGUUUAGUGAGGACUGUGCUCAUAUCAGAUAUCAAGAAACUUCCUGGAAUGAUGAAAGAUGUGAAAAUUCUCUCCAAUGGGUCUGUGAAAAACUACUGUAACAGUUGAAUUUGUUGGAAAAUUGGAUUUGUACAUAUGUUUCAAAUUAAGCUGUGAUUGUUAUUUUAUUAGCAUUUCUAUACAUCCUUUUCUGAAUAAGUAUUAAGCUUUAGUGAAAAACAACCCUUGAAAUAUACUUAUGCCUGUAAUAACAAUAAUAAUAAUGAGUAACUGACCAAUAUUACCUUUUAUUAUAGCACUUUUAAAAACAUACAGUCACAGCACAUAGUUUUACUUUAGAGAAUCAAAUGCAGCCCCUUAUUAGGAACCAGACUGUAGUUCCUGUCAUGGCGGGGAGUCUGUGGUCUGCAUUAGUGUGUGCUCAGUGUGGUUUCAGUCAAAAAUUACUGUCACUGGGGAAAUGGUGUCAACAUGUUUUGAAUAAUUCUGUGGUAUUUUUAUUGAUAAUGUUGGUUUAUUGCAUGAGUUCUGUUUAGAUUCUUUCAGCAGUUGUAACAGUGUUUUGGCAUCUCAAAGAUUAAACCUAAGAGCUUCAUCUAGAGCAGACUGUUAAAAUUGUUACAUUUCAGUCUGCAACAUGUGGGCAUUAUCGAGUAAUUUACCAUACAAUAUUAGAGUGUUUUUAGUUUGAAACAUAGCUAAAAUGUUCUCAGGUGUGCAGACAUGAAACAGCACACAGUGGCUUCUACUGGUUGAAAUCUGCACUGGUUAAACAUUUGCAUUUCAUAUUGCAAAUGCUCGCUUGUCAUUGUGGCUGCUGAAAGCGUUUAAACUAAUGUUAUCUUCACUUUAUUGUUAUUAUUCUAGUUGGAAAACUGAGAUUAUUUUCUCUUGCUGUGUGUGUGUGUGUGUGUGUGUGUGUGUGUGUGUGUGUGUGUUUAGGGUGUUUUACUGUUUUUAUGUGUUUUUCUUAUUUUUUCAAUCUACUGUACAGAUUACAGAAACAAUUGCUUUUACAUGCAUAAAGCAUUUUACUUGCUAAAAAUCUGAAGCAGAAAGUGAUAAGGUCUUGCCAUUGUUAUUUUAACAUUUUUAAUCAUUAAGUGAUGCAUUCUUAUUGAA